AUGAAGUUCCUCACAGCAUCCCUCCUUAUAGGGUCCCUCCUCCCUCUGAUCUCUGCCGCCCCAACUCCCCAGUCACCAUCCACCGGCUCCUCCUCCGAUAAGAAAUUCAUAGUCGUCCUAAAGGACACUGUCAACACAAACCAAUUGAAGAAACACACACAAUGGGCAGCCAGAAUCCACGCCCGCAACCUUCAAAAGCGUCAAUUGAAUGGUCUCCCCGUUGAACGCCACAUUUCAGGUGUGGAGAAGACAUUCGAUAUCAAUCGCUUCAAAGCCUACUCGGGCUCAUUCGAUGAUGAUACUCUCCGUGAAAUCGAAGAGAAUGACGAUGUCGCCUACGUCGAACCAGAACAAGACGCCUACACCUCAGAAAUAAUAACCCAAUCCGAAGCAACCUGGGGUAUCUCCGAGCUCUCGAACCAAGCUUCAAAUACCUCGACUUACUACUAUGACUCGUCGGCCGGUGAAGGAAUGUACGCAUACAUCAUCGACAGCGGUAUUAAUUUCUCACACGAGGAAUUCGAGGGUCGUGCGGAGUUAGGGUAUAACGCUUUGAAGCACUUGAAUAAUACCGAUACUUCGGGCCAUGGAACACAUGUUUCUGGAACGGUGGCGGGGAAGACCUAUGGUGUUGCUAAGAAGGCGAAUUUGGUUAAUGUUAAGGUGUUCCAGGGGAGAAAGACUUCGACUAUCAAUAUAUUCGAUGGAUUCAACUGGGCUGUUCAGGAUAUUCUAGAGAAGAACCGUACUAACAUUGCUGUUAUCAACAUGAGCUUGACGACAAAAACUAGCAAGGCCUUCAACGCCAUGGUCGACAGCGCCUACGAAAAGGGUAUCCUUUCAGUCGUUGCAGCCGGCAACAAAAAUGUCUCAGCAUCCCUGUACUCCCCAGCCUCGGCGAACACUUCCAUAGCCGUCGGCGCCGUCUCCCGCGGCCACGUCCGCGGCUCCUACUCAAACUGGGGUCCAUCCGUCAACCUCUUCGCGCCAGGUACCGGUAUCACAUCAGCCGGUAUUGCAAACGAUACUGCCGUUAGAGUUCUCACCGGUACAUCCAUGGCUUCCCCACACGUUGCCGGAUUGAUCUGUUACCUUCGAGCCGCUGGGGGUUUGACUGAUGCUAAGGAUGUUGUUGAUCGUAUGCUUGGAUUGGCUCAACAGGGGGUUUUGAAUGAGACCACUUUGAAUGAGAGUCCUAAUCUGUUGGCGUCGAAUGGGGUUGAAUUGAACAGUUAUUAUGAAGAACCGGUUGGUGGGGAUUAUUACUAUUAUUAG